ACGUGCUCGCUGCGUGCGUGUGUCUUCGUCGCUGCUGCAGACCUCUCCGCCGACCACGUUCUGCUCCUGCAACAGUACGUGCUCGAGGGCCUCGGACUCACCCGUGUCCCUGAUACUGCGAAUGAGCGCGGCCACUGGCGUAAACUACGAAGCUCCGAAUCGUCCCCUCCACAGACCCCGGCGGGAUCAGAUGAACAUCAGCGAGGUCGAGUACGCGACCAAGUACGAGAACUACCUGCAGACUGUACGUGAGAACAGGAGACUGAGGCAGCAGAGAGACACGUACACCACCACUCAGCGCUUCCAGAGCUACGCUCACUUCGGCGGAGUACCAUACGUGAGAGACUACAGAGGAAGAAAUGCAAUUUUGUACUUUCCUAUUGGGCCGAGUAACGCGACCGUGAAUCAGGCGACCCUACGAUUGUUCGCCGUUGGGCCGCUGGGCAGUGCCUCCCCCUGCGAGGUGAUCCUGAGGGUUUACCAGGUGCGGGACGGCCCAGCGUUACUCCUCAACUCCACUGUUAUCAGACUACACCUACUCUCGCGGUGGGUGGAGUUGGAUGUAGCUACGGCAGUCUCGUCGUGGCUCGCAGGACAAAGGAACUUAGGCCUGGAGGUGGAGUGCGAGGGGUGCAGCGACAAGGGUGUCCGGGUGCUGAACGGCACGCAGGCCGACAGUUCCUUCUCGCCUGUCCUGAACGUGCUGGUGACGGAGAGGGAAAGUGUGCCUAGGAGUCCGAGGGCCAUGGGCGGCGAGGUGGCACACUACGACGACACCCUGGGCACUGACUGCCGGAAGGGGCCGAACCACGGCCGUUGCUGUCGACACUCCAUGGAGGUUGUCUUCAAGGACGUCCCGGGAUUCGAGUUCAUCCUGCAGCCGUACAAGUUCAACGCAGGCUUCUGCAAGGGGCGAUGCCCCCCGCGCUACCAUCCUGCAAGUCAGCACGCCCUGCUGCAGAGCCUGGUGUGGCAGAUGUACAGAGCACCUCGCCCAUGCUGUGCGCCUCACGUGCUGGCAGACAUCGAGGUCCUGCAUCUGGACGAGACGGAUCCAUCGUCCCUUAAGGUGUCCACCUGGAAGGGGAUGCAAGUGCAAAGAUGUGCCUGCUCAUAAACUGCCAAAUUCUGGCGGAAUCUGCAAAACCUCUUGUGGUACCAGAGUUUCAGACCACUGGCUGCUUCAGACCUGUUGUCCGGUGUCGUGAGAUACAAUGUGAGAACUGUGAGAUUCAAUCCUACUGUCGAGAGACACCAUAGAAAAGGACAAAGAUGUCCGACUCUGAACAAGUGUAAUCAUUUAAUGUCCGUGCGUCUUCCGUCGGCUCCCCUUCUGGAUCUGACUAUCCGUUAUACUUACAUCGAUAAUCACCAUAGGCAAUAAUGACAUUGCUUAUUCCAGUGUUAUUAUUAAAACCACCCUUUUACACUUAAAUCUUACAAAAUAAAUGUUACUCGGGAUUAUCACGUUUAACUGACUCAGACAACUUACCUAAAAUGAAAAUAUUUGAUUUGAAUAUAUAUGAUUUGCCUCCCACUCAAGAACUAUUACUUCUAUCACUAAUGUUUAAUACUCCUGCACAGAUAACUCAUAGCCGUUAUAUAAAGUACAUAUCUCAGGAUCACAGUGCUGGCACCUAUGGUUUAUGUCGGAUCUGUGAACUCCAAGAUCCAAGUGCCGGCAUGUAAACUGUGGUAUUGGGCAUUUGAGCAAUGAUAUUUCAUAUAAAUAAACUAGUAAAAACACAAUAUAGUUGUAAUCGCAUAAAGAAAGAGAUAACUGAAAAGUUAUUUUCAGCCCAUUUAAUUAUUAUUACGGAGAUUUUGAACUCGAGGUGCAGCAAACUGAUUCUGAGUAGUGGCAUAUCCUUCAGAGAUCAUUUUGAGAUUUGUAUAUCAUAGGCAAACGCAGGGGUGGGCAGGUAAAUCAUUAUUUCUGAAUGUCAAACCUUGUUUUGAAGUUCUGAUAGGAUGUGAAAAUAACAAUUAACAAAAAAUAUUGGUAAGUGAUUAUGUAACAGUAUGUUUUUGAAUACGCCCCCUGUGACAAUUUUUAAAUCCACUGCCCUAUUUCAAUUUCCGAAUCUUCUCUUUAAAGCAUUUCCUAUAAAACCAGAUGGCUUACGUUGUAUUCCAUAGUCAGAAACAAUGGCCACCAUUUUUUAGGCUCGUCCAAAAUUUGUCAGCAUUAUAUAAAAUUUCUUAUUUUCUAUAUCGAAAUUUUUAGUAUAUAGUAAUUUCGUUUUAAAAAUUGUCAUUUACUCCUCUCCUCACGUUUUUCCAUGAUCCGAAAUUUGAAAACUUGUCAUUAUCUAGCCAACAAAUCUGUCCCAAAUUCUGACUCAAACAUAUAAUAAAGGGUGACGCUAUUUUCAAUUAUUUUCAGCUUUUACGUUACCUGUGAAAAAUUAUUGUAUAUUUAAUUAGAUGAACUCGUGUUUAUUUUUUCAAUCAUUAUUUGAAAGUGUUAUUUGAACUCGUUUUGUAAAUUUACUAGUUCUGUAAUUAAAUUUCUAUGAUCAUAACUUGAAUAUCUCAAAGUUUAGGUUGCAGACAGAUACUUUCACUGCUUAUAAUUAUCGUACUUACAAAAUUAACAAGGCAAGAAAAUAUUUUAAGGUGUAUACCAGGUUUUGGUUGCACGUUUUAUGUUAUGUCAAACGGGUCUUACAAAAGGGUCACAGUUGUAGUUCCAAGAAUGUGCUAAACACAAGAUUAUCUCAAACUGCUAAUUCUGUAUCCAAGCCGAUAUAAUGUGCAAAUGUACCUGACUUAUAGAUCCAGUGUUAUAGAUUUAAGUACAGACCUACGACUAAGGCACCACAACUGAGGCUACACCCACGUCUACAACUUCCUAUUAGCCACUGGAAACACCUAACAAGGAAUGUCUGUCCUCAUGCACAUCAUACAACACUAUUUUCGUCACGUUUAUAUUUUAUAGAUGCUUGUUUUGUCCUCAUACACAUCAUAAAACUUCAUUUUCCUCAUGUUGAUAUUUUAUAGAUGUUUGUUUUGUCCUCAUACACAUCAUAAAAUAUCAUUUUCGUCAUGUUGAAAUUUUAUAUAUGUUGGUUUAGUCCUCAUACACGUCAUAAAAUAUAAUUUUCAUCGCGUUGAUAUUUUAUAGAUGCUUUUUUAUCUUCAUACACAUCAUACAAUAUAAUUUUCGUCGUCUAUAUUUUAUAGAUGCUUGUUUUGUCCUCAUACAAAUCAUAAAAUAUCAUUUUCGUCAUGUUGAAAUUUUAUAGAUGCUUGUUUUGUCCUCAUACACAUCUUAGAAUAUUAUUUUCGCCAUAUUUAUAUUUUACAGAUGUCUUUUUUGUCUGUAGAUACUUAAUAAAAUAUAAUUUACGUCAAGUUAAUAUUUUGUAAUGGCCUGUUUGAAAUUUUAUUUUAACUGAAGAUUUUUUGUAUACAGACUUCAUAGAUCAGAUUCUAAACUUAAGAGCUUGUUUGGAACAUAAAAACACAUUUUCUGAAAUCAUUAUGGAUGUACCUAAGUAGGAGGCAUCAAUUCUCCCAAUUUCUGAAACUAGCCGAAUAUAGGGAAACACUUUACCUUUCGAGAGAUUUGUGUAAGCGUUUAAUUAUUAAUAAUCUGAUAUUUUGUACAUCAAUACAAAUACAUUUUGUAUUUCAAUACAAAUUAGGAAUAUAACUUGUAUGAAAAUGAUGAAACACAGUUAGUUUCUGUUAACGUCAGUUCUAGGAACACUCCGGAUAACCACAUCUGUAAUGUCGAUUCGUUCAACCCCCGGCUGCCUGUUAGUGAGUUUUACUUGUGAAUCCAUAAUAUUAGAACGGGCUAAUCUGCAAUUUUAUAAUUAUUUUAGUAUCGUUUACAUCUACAUAAUGCUAAAGAUUCAAAUAAACAUAUGCACCUGUGAAAAUAACGGUGUCAUUGUUCAUUUGAAGUACCAAAUUUCACAAAAAUCUAAAAAAUACAGAAUCUUUUCAAUACACACAAAUAUCGCUCAAUAAGGCAAAAUUUGGAACAUAAAUCUAAUGUAGCAAUAUUUAAUUACGGUUCGUAUUUGGGUAAAACAAUAGAAUCGUGUCUCAGCUAUUAUGUUUCCUGAUCUUAAAUUGAGACGGCACACGUUUCUUGCGCAGUGAGAUAUUUUUAUAUCUCAUGGCGUGGUUGUGAUAUUUGAAAAUAAAUUUUUAAAAUUACUAACCCCGAAUACUAGUAAAAUAUCCUGUCUCUUUGAAUACUAAUGAAAAAUUAUAUUAAAUAGUAGAAAUAUGCUUUAAAUCACCUUUCAAAGCUUGAUACUUUAGCUGCUGUAAAUCUUGUUUACAGCAGCGAAUAUUUUUAGUGUUAUUUGCAUCAAUAAGUAGUUAUGAUUUUGAGGUUUUGUAACUUGCUUCAUCCAUUUUCCCUCUUUGUAUACUAUCAUCAAGGGAUCCAUUUUAUCCUUUGUAUCAUCAAGGGAUUGCGGCUGAGCCCAGGUAGGUUCACACUUACACACACGCGAGCGCGCGCGCUCGCAUGCAAGAAAUUAGGACCUACAGUAUUUCCGCCUUGUUAGUCACCUAGUGCAUCCUAAAGAGAAACAUUACAUUCAUAUGGCUGUGUUCGUGGGAAUGACACAGUAGGGACAGAAAUCGGAAUCUAUAGUAUCAGCAAGUAGGGACUGCAGCGGGAGGGCCAUGUAGCGCUUCAGACGCACCCCCACACUCACGAGCGCGAAGGGUUGGUGCCAGCCAGGCAUCUGCCAUUUUCCCUUUCCGGGUUUUUAAUAAUAUCUUAGAUUCUUGAGUAAGCAGUGCCCUAUAACAAUUUCAGAGCUUUAUACAUUGUUUUGUAUAAUACUUGUCCCUGUGAUGUUUACAGUAUAAAUAUACUAAUCGCUUUAAAAUAAAUUAGUUUUUUGAUCGGGGAGGUGAACCAGUAGGGCGGAACUUCGUUGAUAUUAAUUCCCUGCACUUGUGUGUAUGUGUGGGGGGAAGGGAGGUGUGUUGUGUGGGUGUAAAACUACCUGUACCCAGUCUCAUUCCCUACUUGCUAAUAUUGUAGCCAGGCUGGCCCCAAUUCUUUGCGCUUGUGAGUGUGUAGGUGCGUGAGUGAGGAUCCUUGACCUGGCUAUUCAGCCGGAUUCCAUAUCUGAUAAUAUUUCUUCAAUUUUGGAAUUUCAACUUAAUAGUUUCACUGCUAUAUAAAGUGAGGUAAAAAUGGCUUAUAUUACCAGGUGAAGUUACGGCUAAGAAGCCCUCUCUAAUAUUUAAUCUGUGACUUCCGAACCACCACCAAUGGCCGGGCAGGCGGGCUGCUUGCAAGGACAGAAUCGCUCAGCGGCCACCCAUCCAAGCAGCAGCCACGCUCGACGUUGCUUGAUCUGGUUAUACAUUGAGUGAUAGUAGAUUUGGAAAGACAAUAAUCAAGCUAACACGUUUUUCCUUCUGAACUGAAACAUUUUAAUUCUUACUGUUAUUAAAUAAUAACGAAAUUAUAAAAUAGGUCGGUUUUCAUGACAUCUUUUCAAAUGCAUGCUAUUGUGAGGCAGUGUCCAUUGACGAAUUGUGAUUGUCGUCACGUUAACACAUGUUAUUAGCUUUUCGUGUUUGUGUAUGAUAUCAUUUGAGGAAAUCGCAACUUGUUUUUUCUCUAAAUACGCGGAUCUUUAAUAAAUUGUAUCCUCCUGCAACUACAAUCUCUGUUCUCCCUCAUCUUCUGGUAUAGACAUUCCUUGCCAACUCAUGUUAUACUACAGUUGGAGCGCACGAGAAGUCUAUGGACACCUUACGUGCUCCACACUGUAGUCACAGAUGGCACACCCAUCAUCACGUUACCUCUUAGUGUAGGACUCGCUUUAUACCAAAUAUUCAACCUAUACGUAAGUAAGUUUAUUUAGUGGUUCUUUUUAAUAUUUAUUAGGCAAUCAAUACAGGUUAGGUAGUCUGUGUAAUGUAUCUUAGAUGAGUUUAGAUAGUGUUUGCAAUCAUAGAAUACUUUUAUAGUUUUCGCAAAAAGCUACAUUGUAUGUUUAGCCUAAGUCUUGUGUACUCAUUGGCUUAAUUUAGGUUUAAAAAGGGUCUAUGAAUAGAAUUAAGCUGUGCCAAAUAUAUUUAACACUCUUUACAAUACGCUGUGCCGUAUGUGUUGCAAUGACAGCGUAGUACCCAUAAAAUACUAUAGCUUAAAAGGUGGCAAUUUAUUUUUACUUUCAUAUUUUCAUGAAAUAUUUUGUUAAAUCAUUUAUAAGAAAUACAUGGAGAAAUUAUAAUACUUAAUACAUCACAUCAAAAUAUAAAUAUACAUAAUAUAAAUAUGCCCUCAAAUAUAUUUCUUUAAGUUAAUGCUACUUUAAAAUCACUUUACUAGCUCAAGAAUGCUAAAUUUGCAAGAUCAUUUUGUAUGAAAUUUUUAGUUACAGCAAUGUUACAAAUGAGUUUCAUACGCUAGAAAGAAGUGGAUAUUUCUAAAUCACUCUGAUUUAAACCGUUACAUUAUAACUUUAUAAAGCAGAUCAAAAAUCUGUAAACAGAAAUCAAUCUGACGGUAAGAAAGGUUUUUUCCCUUGUGUGAUAGAUCGUAAUGAAAAUAAAACAAUACAUUUGUAUUAUUAUUUUGUAAUUAUUUCAAAUUAAAUGUACUUACAAAUUAUAUGUUUUCGUACAAUAACUCUUACAUACUUAAAUGAUUAGGGAUCAAAACUAACCAGAGCUAACGUUGUAAGUUUCUUGCCGUCUUCCUGAUAUUUUAUAUGAUCAUCAAUUUGAAAUGAAAGCUUAAAAGUUGCCAACAGCUAUUAAAGGAAUUUAGGUAAUCUAAAUGUAUAAAAUGGGUUCAAAGUUACUUAUAAAUAACUUAUGUAUGUACGCAAAUAAUACGUAUGUUUAUAUUAUGUUUCUCCGUGUAUUUCAAGUGCACUCUGUAAAUACACUACUCAAUGUUUGUCACAUUUUGAGUUUUUAAACUAUGAGCAAAAAGUGUUAAUGUUUCUUUACUGCCCCUAUCUAGUUAUAAUUAGAUUCGUUCAUAUACAUUUGUAGCAAAUAAGUUACCAAUGCUUACAAAUCAUUAAUGUACAGUUUUCAUCACAAUCUUCCAAAUACUUUUAUUUUUGUUUAUUUUUUGUACUUUUGUAAACGCUAUUAUAAUUAUAUAAGUUACUAAUAAAGUAUAAUUCACAAGGA